AAAAAGAUGGAUGAUGAUGAGAAAGAAGAAAAGAUUAAAGAAGGGGAGUGUAAUGGAAUAGGGGUUGGGAAUUGAAAGAAAGAAAGAAAGAAAGGACAAGAACUCCAGCGACUGCGCAACCAAGUCAAGCACAAACAUUUAUUGUUGAGAAGGUUACUGUAGAACCCAAGGAUUUAGUUCCAAAAAGAUACUCUCUCUCUCUCUCUUUCUCUCACAUCAUCCCCAACGUUGUUAGUGAUGGUGCAAUCAAGGAAGUUCAGAGGUGUCAGGCAGCGUCAUUGGGGUUCUUGGGUUUCCGAGAUUCGUCACCCACUCUUGAAGAGGAGGGUGUGGUUAGGGACAUUUGAAACUGCGGAAGAAGCCGCAAGAGCCUAUGAUCAAGCUGCAAUUUUGAUGAGUGGCCGGAAUGCCAAGACCAAUUUCCCCAUCACACACACACCGGACGGUGAUCCAAAGGUUGUCAGCUCCACCGAGGAAUCGGCGGCGCAUUCUUCCUCCGCCUCCAAUAAGGAUCUAGAGGAGAUUCUACACGCCAAGCUUCGAAAAUGCGGUAAAGUUCCUUCACCUUCCAUGACAUGCUUGAGGCUCGACACGGAGAAUUCACACAUUGGUGUGUGGCAGAAGCGCGCUGGCCAGCGUUCUGAUUCCAAUUGGGUCAUGAGGGUUCAGCUCGGUGCUGGAAACAACAAAACUAGUGGUGUUGCCAUGAAUUCCAUGGUUGCUUCUUCUUCUUCGUCUUCGUCUUCGUCUUCUUCUUGUGAUCUUCUUCAGUCUCCGUCGUCAACCGUAUCCGGUGGUGAUCUGGUUAGGGGAGAGAUGGAUGAGGAGGAGAGAAUCGCAUUGCAGAUGAUUGAAGAGCUUCUCAACAGAAAUUGUCCAAGUCCAUCGUCCUUCAACAAUAACAACUUGGAUGAAACGGGUGUUCACCAUGACCAUAAUAAUAAUGCUACCUUCUUUCUUUGAUAAUUUUCAAAAAUGUUUAUAACCAUUUAUUUUUUUAUUUAUAAUACUUUUAAGUUAUAAAGAAAAAUAAAUGGUUAUAAAUAACCGAAGAUGACAACCAAAAAAUUGUUCCUAGUAACAUAAGUAUUUUUUUUUUCUAGUAUUAUGGUAUUCACGUGCUGAUGUCACAUCGAUCUUCACAAAAGUUCAUUUGCUGGGAGGGGAAAGGGUUUUAUUAGUUGGGUGGUUUUAUAUCCUAUCAUUGUAUGUUUAUGAUUAAUGCUAUUUAGGGGUAAAAAAUUGUAUAAGAAUGGAAAUUCAUAAAUAGAGAAAGGCAUAUAUAUAUAUAUAUAUUACAAAAUCUUUCUCUCUUUUUGUGAAUAUCUGUUCUUAUAUAUAUAUUCUUUUACAGCUAAAUAACAUUACUUUUUCUUUUUUUGGUCUAAAGUGUUUUUUUUUUCUGGGUUUCUUAAUUAGAAAUGUAGAUAUCUAUAUAUAUAUAUUCAUGCGCCGAGCCCAAAGAAUUAGAGGACCUUUGGGAUUUGAAGGGGAAUAAAAUAA